GCAGUGUCUCUGCGGCGGAUCAGGAUGCAGUUGUGCGAGCUGGUCUCGGACCAGGAUCGACUGCAGCUCAUCGGGGAAAAGAGGAAGUUCCAGCUGGAGGUGGAGAAUAAGAAGCGUCAGCUGGAGAACGACAGGAGGACGCUACAGCAUCUGAAGUCAAAGGCUCUGAGGGAGCGCUGGCUGCUGGAAGGAUCGCCCCCUGCUGGAGCUGAUCAGCGCGAGGUGAAGAGACAGCUGGAGGAGGACGAGGUCCGGACGAGGACUCUGGAGGACACUGUCACCAGGCUUGAGCAGGAGAUCUUCACUUUGGAGGCUGGAACACACACUGCAGUACCGUCAGAAACUGUUCCAGAGGCCAAAGUUCAUAAGAGCCCUCCAAUCAGUGACCACAGAGAGACUGAGGACGAGAUGAAGCGAGCUGUGUAUUCAGUAGAGAUUAAAGUGGAGCGACACAAAGUUACCGGGGAAACUCGCGUUCUGUCCACACACACCACACUUCCUGUUGACCUCUCUGAACACGGGGUCAAAGUGUACGAGGACGAGCAGAAAGUUGUCCAUGAGAUGAACGGUGAGGACGGCGUGCACCUGCUCAGUUCCUCUGAGGUCGAGGAACUCAUCCAGAAAGCUGACCAGGCUUCUCUGUCACAGGAGGUCACCGUGGUAACCGUACGCCCACCAGCAGCACGCCCACCAGCGGACACCAAGGAGGGCGCUUUGCUGCCUCGGGUCGAAAUCACCGGCCUCGAGGCCAAACCCGGCGCUGCUCCAGAUGUGGCAGAAGCCAGUGUAGAGAAGCCGGUUACCAUGGUGUUCAUGGGAUAUCAGGACGUGGAGGACGAGGACGAGACCAAGAAGGUCCUCGGCCUGCAGGGGACGGUCAAAGCCCAGCUCGUCGUCAUUGAUGACGGCGAGGGGAAAAGCACGAGCUGUGAGGAGGAAAACAUGUGUGCCCGCUUAGUUCAGAUGGCAGCCCUGGAUCCUCCUGGUGGUACUGCCACGCCCACAGCCACAAUGGCUGCCACACCCACAGUGACACCUGUUGCUGCACCCACAGCCACGCCCACUGCAGCUCAACAGAUGAUGGCAAGCAACGGGGACAAUACAGGAGAAGUGGAGGGCGGAGCUUCAAAGAGCAAAAAAAAGCAGCCCUGCAAGUGCUGCACCAUCAUGUGAGCCUGCAGAGGGCGCUGUUGGAAGAAAACAGACUGUCUCAGAGUAAUUAAACCCCGCCCACUGCUCACCGCUAACCACUAACAGGAUGGAACCCGCUUCACGUCGCUUAAUUCUCAUGUUAACUUGUUUGUGUUGCUUAUUUGCAGAUGUUACUGGAACUUGUCUACUGACUUCUGAAGUCGUAAGUCUUGAUUCUUCAACAACCAACUGAACAGAACAAACAUCUGAUUUUCUUUUUUAUGUGCAUGAGUCAGGUGGCAGUCAUGUGACCCGGCACGAACCCUGUGUGACAUCACGUGACCCUGUUCAGCAGCUCGGCUUGUUUCAAAGCAGUCUGUUCAUGCAGUACCGCCCUCAACCACAAGGGCGCAAAGAAAAACAGCCAACAGAUGAGAAGUUGUGCUGCUCUAAUCUGCCCCCUGGUGGACAAACAGUUAAUGCUACACAACCAUGUUAGUCCUGGGCAAAUCAGAAAUACAGAGCUGAAGUUCCACCCCCUCAGAUCAAGAUGGGCCUUUUCUGUUCAUUCAUUGGUUUUCUGCUGGUUUUGUGUAUUUUAUUUAUUUUAUCCCCUCCCCCCGUUCUGAUGAUCACACAGAUGCUCGCCCGCUCUGACGACUACCACAGACGCUCACUCGGUCUGAGAGCGAUCACAGACGCUCACUCACUUUGAGAGAGAUCACAGACUCUCACUCGCUCUGAUGACUACCACAGACGCUCACUCGCUCUGAUGACUACCACAGACGCUCGCUCUGAUGACUACCACAGACGCUCGCUCUGAUGACUACCACAGACGCUCACUCGCUCUGAUGACUACCACAGACGCUCACUCGCUCUGAUGACUACCACAGACACUCGCUCUGAUGACUACCACAGACGCUCACUCGCUCUGAUGACUACCACAGACACUCGCUCUGAUGACUACCACAGACACUCGCUCUGAUGACUACCACAGACACUCGCUCUGAUGACUACCACAGACACUCGAUCUGAUGACUACCACAGACGCUCACUCGCUCUGAUGACUACCACAGACACUCGCUGUGAUGACUACCACAGACGCUCACUCGCUCUGACGACUACCACAGACGCUCACUC